AUGGAAGUGUCGCAAAGCACACAGAAUCAUGACCAAAACCGAGAUGCUACACAGCCCACGAAUACAGCUACGGACACGGCAGCUCCACAGGAACGUGACUCCACGAACACGGCCCCUGUAACCGAGAGCCAUGCCCCGGCUCCUGCAACAAAUGCCGAGGCCCAGGAUGCACAGCCUCAGUCAGAGACAUCCGCUGCGUCAGUACCAGCAGCUGCUCCAGCGCAGCCUACUGAAGCCGCUCCGUCUAAAGAAGAGCAACCCACUGACGCAAAAAUAGAAGCGCCUACGAGCGAACAGCCUGCUCAGCCUUCUCAGUCGGAGCAGCCCACUGACGCAAAAGUAGAGGCGCCUACGAGCGAACAGCCUGCUCAGCCCUCUGAGCCAGAGCAACCCAAGGAUGCGGAACCAGAGAAAAAUGAGUCACAGGCUUCUCAGCAGUCUACAAGUGCACCUCAGGAAUCCAAUCCCACUCCUGCUGCAGCGCCGACGAAUGCACCGCAAGAUGCCAACGUGAACCACUUAGAGACUGGCGCCCAGCAAGAGGAUGACGGUCUCACUCAUCAAGACAUUGCCAUGCCGCAUGUAAAGUAUGCCCAAAACACUAUUCGGUCGCUCAAGUCGCGACGUGAGGCUGGUGCGUUCCUCCAGCCUGUGGAUCCCAUUGCAUUGCGGAUUCCGCAUUAUACCCAGAUCAUCAAAGAGCCGAUGGAUCUUGGAACGAUCGAUCUAAAGUUGGCCCUAACAUCACACCGCAUUAAAUUGGCCACCUCUACUAACAGUUCUCAAACACGCAUGACAGACAAAUUGAAGCAUGCGAUUGACUCCAAGCGUAUUGAUCCUGAGAAGGACUAUUACACGACAGUGGAUCAGUUUGAGCGCGAUGUAUUUCGCGUAUUCAACAACUGCGUGCGCUUCAAUGGCGCUGAGCAUAUCUUUUCUAAGAACGCAGAGGUGCUUCGAUCUGUCUUUGAGAAACAGCGUAAAGGUCUUGCGACGGCGGUGGCCGUGGCAGAAGAGCAAAAUUCUCCUGAGGCCCGAGCACGUCGCAACUCUUCGGCUCUUCCUACGAUCCGCCGCUCUGCCACGGGUGGCCGACCCAAGCGCGAGAUCCAUCCGCCGCCGUCGCGUGAUUUGCCAUGGACAGAAGAGUAUAUGAAUCCUGCAUCGAAGCGCGCGGUCGCGGCCCGCUUGGGAAGGAGUAUGGAAAAUAUUUCGCAGCGUGAACAGUCGUACUGGGCCAAGGUCAUUAGUGACGAACUCAAGUUUUGCUAUCGCGUCAUCGACGACUUGCUCAAACCGGCACACCAGGACGUCGCUUGGGUGUUUUAUGACCUGCCAGCCAAGGAUUUUGAUUGGGCGCCGGCGUACUAUUCGAUCAUUAAAAAGCCCAUCGCCCUGAUUCCGAUACAGCGCAAGCUCAAGAGUGGUGGCCACCCUGACUUGGCGGCCUUUGAUGCAGAUAUGCAACUCAUGUUCCGCAAUUGCUUUACCUUCAACCCCCCCGACUCGGACGUAUACAUUAUGGGCGCAACCCUGAAAGAUGUAUACGAAGCCAAGAUGCAAAAGAAGCCUGUCCCACCUCCCUUCCCUGCUGAUGACGAUGAUGAGGAUGAAGACGAUGAUGAGGACGACGACGACGACGAUGAGGAUGACGACGAUGCGAAUGCAGUGCUUGUGCAGCAACUGCAAAAACAGAUCGGUGAGCUGGAAAGCACGCUUGAAACGCUGGAGAGCGGCAAGAACAAAAACCCUCUUUUGAUUACGAGCACGCGCGUUGCGCUCAACUCGGUCCAGGCUGCGUUGGCUGGUGCCAUGAGCGUGACGGGCAUGUCGAAGCGCAAGAACAAGAAGCGCAGCGCCUCGUCUCUCGACAAGAAGAGCAAGGCGGGUGAUAAGAAGCGCAAGAGUCCUGCAGCCAAGAAGCCACGCACGAGUGGCUCCUCGCCGACGUCCCGGAAACGUGGCGCAGGCGCCGGAUCCGAUGAGGACGAUGUGCGCACUGUGACGUUUGACCAGAAGGAGGAGCUGGCUGCCAAAAUCACAGAGCUGUCUGACGAGCGCCUGGAGGGUGCGAUUCGCAUCAUCAAUGAGGACAAGCCACCGGAUGCGCAGGGCGCAGAAGAUGAAGAAAUUGAGCUUGAUAUUGAUGAGCUUUCGCCCCAGACGCUGUACAAGCUGUACAAGUAUGUCGUUCGUCCUAAGAAGAAGAGCGCCUCUUCCGCUGAGAUCGGUCCUAAUGGCAAACCUGUGCCUGCCAGUGCGCCUAUCGAUGGACGUAAGCGUGGCACGGGUGGCUUGAAGAAGAAGAACUUGGACGAGGACGAAGAAGCUGCGCGCAUUGCGCGCCUACAGCAGCAGUUGCAGCAGUUCAACGAUGUGUCGUCCGGCGCCGCCUCGGCGCCCGCUGCUACAUCUGGCACAUCGGACGCCCAUACUGCUGGAGCUGACACGGCCACCAAGCACGAUGAUCUUGUGGCAUCGGAAUCAUCGUCGAACGAGGACGAGAGUGAGAGCGAGAGUGAAAGCGAUAUGGACUAG